GUGUGUGUGUGUGUCAUGUCGAUGUCAGGGAAGCGAAACCUAAAGAGCCACUCGCAGUGUGUGUGUGUGCUGGCGUAUAAAGGAGCUGGGAUCCUCUCUGGGUGAGUCGCCACAGAUAGGUAAAGUGAGAACUUCACCAGUCCAGUCACCCUUAAAGUUAGAGCUCGACCUGUCAGUCACCAUGGGGGUAAAGGGCUUAUCUUCACUCCUGGAGGACAACAGAAGGAUCUCCCCGGACAUCCACUUCAGGGACAGCAAGCUGGUGGUGGAUGGAAACAACCUGCUCUACCACCUCUACUUCUCGUCCAACCUGGACCAGAACCACGGCGGGGAGUACCUGGCCUUCCAGGCAGAGGUCAAGGCUUUCUUCAAGACUCUGGCCGACUGUGGAAUCAAACCGUACGUGGUGAUGGACGGAGGCUCGGGCACCAGCGACAUCAAACUGGACACCCUCCUGGACCGGGCCAGAGGGAAGGUCCAGAAGACCCAUGACGCCGCUUUGACGGGCAAGAAGGUAAACAUCCUCCCCCCCGUUACCAAGCACGUGUUCCGACAGACGCUGAACGAGCUCAACGUGCCGAUGGUCAAGUGCUUCGGAGAGGCCGACUGCCAGCUGGCUGCCCUGGCCAAAGAGUGGUGCUGCCCGGUUCUGUCCACAGACAGCGACUUCUACAUCUUUGACCUUCCUGGGGGGCUUCUGCACCUGGAUCACUUCAGGUGGCGCGCAGAAACACGUCGUGGCAUCCCCUGCAGGCAAUACACCACGUCCAGCUUCUGCAGCGUCUUCCACAUCAACCCCCAGCAGCUGCCCGUCUUCGCCUCGCUGGCCGGGAACGACUACGUCAACCUCAGAGAUGUUAAGUGGGCCAGAUACCUUCCAGCGGGAAGUCCUAAAAUGAAGUUCAGUGCCGCUAACCUGGUGGGCCUCCUGAGUUGGCUGGGAGCCAGGACAGACCGGACGACAGAAGACACCCUGACAGCAGUGAUGAAACUCAUGCCCAGCAUGAGUCAACAGGCGCAGACGGAGGCGCGGACGAUGCUGAAGACGGCCAUGCUGGAGUACGAGCUCCCCAGCUCCUCUCUGCGGGGGUUCUUCAGCGAGGGAACCGUUCCGCCGCUGCCCGCUGAGAUGUUGAGCUGCGUCCCCGACUGGGUCCGCGCGCCCCUGGCCAGAGGAGAGCUGAGCGGUGACGUGUUGGACCUGCUUGUGCACAGGCGGAACAAACUGCAAACCCAGGUGGAGCGCAGCGACCUACAGAGCUCCAACCUCACCUCGAAGCACAUCCGGCAGGUGUGGUACGGGCUGCUGCUGGGCCAGGGGGGGGGUGAGGUGGAGGAGGUGGACCGGGACGGUCUGGAGCUCGCCAGUGUCAAGGUGCAACCGCUGGUCCAAGGAGCCGCUCAGACGCUGAGGCUGGACUCUCUGCCGCAGGCAGACCGCGCUGUGAGGCUGCAGGUGUGUCUGGAGACGUUGGGCGUGGAGGAAGAGACGCUGGAGGGAGUUCCGGCUCACCUGCGCCUCCCAGUGGCUGUGACCCGCUACUGGCUGAGGAGGGCCAGCCCUGAGGCGACGCUCCUCAAAGCUCUGCUGAUGGUCAUGGUCCAAGGAGAACUGACCCGACUGACAGGAGGGACAACAGGCUGGCAGGGGGAUACCAACCACAUCUCUCAGCCUCUGGACGGUGUCGUGGCUCACAGCUUCAACCAAUGGCAGGCCUGCCUGAAGGACGCCUCCCAGCUCAACCUGCUGCUCUGCAAGCCCCUCCCUGAACCCCACUUCGCCUGGUUGUUCCAGGGCAGGCUGGUGCACCGGCAGAUCCAGAAGCUCCAGGAGAGGGGGCCGUUGGAGCACAGUGCCGACUUCACCCGCCUCUACAGGAGCCUCCUGGGAGCAGUGACCCAGCCAGACCCCGGGGCCGACGGGAGGGCUGGGGGGCCCGAGGCCCAGCUGAGGGCCAGCAUGGGCCAUCUUCGUCUCAACCCCUAGGAGGGGCAGGAGGAGGAGGAGCUGGGCGGGGCUGAAGGCCUGGAUCAGGGAAGGGGAGGAGCUAAUGGAGCUGUUAAAUUAGUCCCCUCUCUUUGGACCUUCAUUCAUUCAUGUCUCCCAUGUCUUUUGGUCUCGUUUAAAAUUAUAAAUUCCGAGGUUAAAAAUAAAUUAUAAACAUAACAAUGUCAUUUUAAGUGCUUGGUGAGGGGGCGGGGGUUCAUAAAGAAAAAUGUCUGCUCAUAUUUCAUUGACGUGGAGAUUCAUCAAGUCCCACAGAGAUGGACUAGAACCAAAAUAACAUCCUGUUUGGCAGUCAGAUGACUGCCAAACAGGUUUUUCUCCAAAUACGUUUGUCAUUCAUUCAUCCUUCAACAUUAUAAACAAUUUGUUAGUCUGAUGAAAUGUUCUUUCUUGUCCCACGCAACUUUAAAGGGACGAUAUUUUGCCACCAGGUGUCACUGUGAUCAGCUGUUAUAAGCCGUUUGAAGACCUUCCUUUCCCUCUGUUUAAGUGACAUAACAAGUGGGCGUGUCCACCUAGAUGUCUGAUUGGAUAGAUCCGUCUCCCAGCCCACCCAGUGGACUGUAGCAAAUGUCGCUGAUCUAUCCAUCAUACAUCUCAGUGGACACGCCCCCUUGUGAAAACACAGGAAAAGGCAGAGUUCAAACAGCUUGUAACGGCUAAUCACACUCACACCCAAGGGCGUCAGUUUGUGUUUAGAAGUGGUGGGGACAAUAACCAUAAGCUUGAGUGUGGUUUGAAAAGUGCUGGGUACCCUUAUGUAAGCUAUUCAUCCAUUCAACGCUGCAUCACAAUAUGCGCUAGUCAGGUGUUGAAAAUCCUAUUCGAACAAUAAAAGUUGAAAACCACA